AUCCGAUCACCGCUCACUACCGCCGGCCAAAAUUGUCCGUACGUCUAAUGGUAAUGACUACUUCCAACGAUCAAUGAAGAUUUUCGUUGCGAUGCAUAUAUAUGUAUUUGCUAGUUCGCUCGUCGAUGGGAAAUAUCCUGACACACUCACCUCGACUUGAACAGCCAUACCACACCAAGAACCUCCCAACAUUACAGCUCAGCUCAACAGAUACCUCCCGUCCCACACAUUGUUACCCACGAUGACUCAACUUUCAGUUCUCGUCGUUGGCGGCGGAGUCGCAGGCUCGGUCGUAGCCUACUGGCUUGGAAAAGGCGGCGCUCAAGUUACCGUGAUUGAACGAUCAUCCGCUUCUUUGGAGGCCGGUCAGGGCAUCGACGUCGAAGGUGUGCCGCGCGAGAUCGUGCGCCGCAUGGGCGCCGUCGACGAGAUGAAGGCCCGAUCAACAGGCGAGCCAGGAAUCGCCUGUCUCGACGAUGACGGCAAGCCCCUCGCCUUCAUCCCGGGCCUGCUCACCUCCGACAUUGAGAUCAUGCGCGGCGACCUUACCGACAUCCUUGCUACUGCCGCGAAGCGAUGGGACAACGUCACCUUCCAAUAUAACCGCAGCGUAACAACCCUUGAGCAGCGCACUGGUGUCGACGGCGGCGUCUUCGUGACCUUCAACGACGAUUCCAAGGCCCGUUUCGAUGUCAUCGUCGGCGCCGACGGUCUCCGCAGCAAGACUCGUGAGAUGAUCUUCGGCCCAACCAUCAGCCAUAACGCCAUCAAACCCCUCGAUUUGUAUUCCGCCUUCUUCAGCAUCCCAGCAGAGGAGCACGAUGCCAAACAUUCCACCCUCCAGAGCGUAAUAGGCCGACGGUCGACGCUCAUCCGCCCAGUCAACAAGGAUCGUUCGAGCGCAUACAUGUCGUUCAUCAACAAAGACCCGGCCUUCAUCGCCGCCUUCCAGCAGACCAACCGCGAAUCCGGCGCAGAGCGAAUCCAAGCACAAAAAGAUUUAAUCCUCAAAUCACUGCCCGCUGACAUCGCAACUGGUCAAGUCCCACGCAUCCUCGAGGGCCUCCGCACCACCCAGAAUUUCUACUUCGACCGCAUCGCCCAAGUCAAGCUCUCCAGCUGGUCCCGCGGCCGUGGCGUGCUCGUUGGCGACGCCGGCUAUGCCCCUGGUCCGAUCACCGGCGAAGGCACAAACCUUGCCAUCGUGGGCGCAUACGUGUUAGCCGGAGAAAUCACCCGCCACGUCCUCACUUCGUCCGGCCAGGAUGAAAAGCAACCUGCUCCGCUCGACGACUCCAUCACUGCAGCCUUCACCAGCUACGAAUCUCUCUUCCGGGACUACGUCACCUCGUCGCAACAGAUCCCGGGCGCAGGUCGAAUGCCGGAUUUCCUGCACCCGACCGGCCGCUGGGGAAUCUGGACCCUGCGCUUGGUAUUUCGCUUCUUCGCAGCGAGCCGGCUCUACAAGCUUGUCGGGUGGAAGAGCCUUGAGGAUGCACGCGACAAGGAGAAGCUGCCGGAAUGGAUGCCGGUCUAUGAGAAGUUUGUGUGAAAAAAUAUAGAAAAAAGUGAUCCAUCGGUACCGAGUCCCGUUAAGAUAUAGAAUAGGUCGUUUAGAAGAUAGAACCCCGUAUGAUAAUGUUAGCAAGCUAAGUUCUGU